UAUUACUCUCUUUCUUUUUUUACGUGAAAGCAAGGUGCUUUUGAAUUGUUUCUAUCUAUCUCUUGGAUCCGCAAACAUCUUGAUAUAGAAGCGUACCUUCACAUGUUAGAGAUAUAGGAGAUCCGCUACAUAUAGUUGUUGUAUCCAUAUACCUAACAGUAUUGCGAAGCUUUAGCCUCAAGCAGAGAAAUCCAUUGGACCAAUUCCCACAGCCAUUUAAUCCUCUGAGAAGAGGUAAAAUAUACCCAAAAUGUCGGCGAAAAGUGUUAAAGGCACAGAUGGCAAGAAACCAGCUUCGGCUGCUACAAACCUUGUUGGUGGGUCACUAACCCAAUGGCCUAAAAGUUUCCAAUGAACAAUAUCUAACAAUACAUAGCUGGAGGAACAGCGGGAAUGAUGGAGGCCCUCGUAUGCCAUCCCUUGGGUACGUCAAUUCCCUCUCAAAUCCCCUUCAAUUGAUACCUUCCAAACCACACGACUCUCGACCAACAACUAAUUCCACCUCAUAGAUACUAUUAAAGUCCGCAUGCAACUCUCUCGACGAGCCCGCGCUCCCGGCGCCCCCAAACGCGGCUUCAUCACCACGGGUGCCGAAAUCAUCAAGCGCGAAACUCCCCUCGGUCUCUACAAAGGACUUGGUGCCGUUAUAACUGGUAUUGUACCAAAGAUGGCUAUAAGAUUUACAAGUUUCGAGGCAUACAAGAGAUUUUUAGCCGACAAGGAGACGGGAGUUGUAUCUGGAAGAGCUACAUUUUUGGGUACGUUACAUAACUCCAUUCUCUUAUGAAUAUCUGGAAUUGGAGAAUUUGGGAGAUCAUAGGAUACAGUAAAGGAUAAUAUGUCAAAACAACAAAAGCUAACAUAACACUCCCUAUAGCCGGUCUAGCAGCAGGUGUAACGGAAGCCGUCGCCGUCGUAACACCUAUGGAAGUAAUAAAGAUCCGUCUCCAAGCCCAACACCACAGCAUGGCCGAUCCACUCGAUAUUCCCAAAUACCGUAAUGCGGCACAUGCAUUAUACACCGUUGUAAAAGAAGAAGGAAUCGGCGCUUUAUAUCGAGGAAUAUCACUUACUGCUUUACGGCAAGGUAUGCUACUUUUCUCCUCACCUCUUCAUAAUCCCCGCAUCUCCAUACAACCAUUCCAUCAUCCACCUCCUAUCAAAACACCCUACUAACCUCCCCGUUUAGGUUCUAACCAAGCCGUAAACUUCACCGCCUACACGGAAUUCAAAGAACUCCUCCAAAAAUGGCAACCACAAUACGCAGACUCCCCGAUUCCCUCCUACCAAACCACCAUCAUUGGUCUAGUAUCUGGCGCCAUGGGUCCGCUCUCCAAUGCACCCAUCGACACCAUCAAGACACGUUUACAGAAGACGCCUGGCGUGCCCGGAGAAACAGCUUUGAGUAGGAUAAAAACGAUUGCGGGGGAUAUGUUCCGACAGGAAGGAUUUCAUGCGUUUUACAAGGGGAUUACGCCGCGGAUUAUGCGGGUUGCGCCUGGUCAGGCGGUUACGUUUACUGUUUAUGAGUUUUUGAAGGAGAAGUUGGAGCAUAGUGAUAUGCCGAUGUUUGGCGGGAAGUAUGAGGAGUGA